AUGGUGAUCAGAGCUAAAGAAAGCGCCCACGUUUUAUGCGAGCCUCGAGCGUCCGUUGAGGGAGGAGGCGUCCAGCAAGAAAAGGAGGAGGAGGAGGAAUGUCCGCCGGUUCCGGCUGCAGCUCCGGGCCCGCCAAGCCGGCGCGUCGACACGCUCGCCCUCUACAGUUGCAGACUGGCCCCAGAAAGAAUCGUCUCGCCGUCGAUUGGUUCAAAGGUGUUGGAGCAGGUCCACGUGGGGACGAAGCACUCUGGAUGCGUUGACGGUAGUUGUCGCUACGGUAAACAACUUCGACGAAGGGCAAGAAUCAGAAACGGUGCCUUCCUGGACAGCAACACAGCUUUCAGCACAUUGUCUAGAGUUCCGCUAUUCAGACUAUUGACCAGUAGCUUCUUGGAGUUUCACAUUGCCAACCUGCUGGCCACACACUAA